CCCAAAACCAUGAACAAAAACCCAAGACUCGCUGAGAGUGAACGGGAGGAACGACAAUGGCGUACAGUCUGAGUUCCUCACCAUCCUCUUCACUUUCCCGCGAAACCCAUCUCUUCUGCAACUCUCUCUCGCCUCCCGACCUCUUUCAGCUCAGAAUCCACAAGAAUCUCAUCUUUCCUCUCAAGAUUCACCCCGUGAAAUCAUCUCUUCGUAUAUCCUCCAGGGUCUCUUUACAGGAACUACACGCCAACGCGGUCUCUCAAGACUCUGAAAUCCCGGAUGAAAAAGGUGUAGCUUCAUCCAAGUCCCACGUCUGGGUCAAUCCCAAGAGCCCCAGAGCCUCCAAGUUGAGGCAGAAAUCUUAUGAUUUCAGGUAUGCUUCUUUGGUUAAAAUAGCCGAGUCUUUGAAUUCUUGCAGCCCGGUAGAAGAGGAUGUUUCUACUGUGUUGAAUAUUCUAGGGGAUAGUGUAGUGGAACAGGAUGCUGUGAUUAUUUUGAACAACAUGUCGAAUCCCGAAACUGCACGGGUAGUGCUUAAUUACUUUCAGAAGAGGUUGAGAGUGAGUAGAGAAGCUGUUUUGUAUAAUGUGACUCUGAAAGUAUUCAGAAAGUGUAAGGAUUUAAAUGGGGCGGAAAGUUUGUUCAGUUGCAUGCUUGAAAAGGGGGUUAAGCCCGAUAAUGUUACUUUCUCGACGAUAAUCAGUUGUGCUAGGCAGUGUUCUUUGCCUGAAAAGGCGGUUGAGUGGUUUGAAAAAAUGCCAUCUUUUGGGUGUGAGCCUGAUGAGGUGACUUGCUCGGUAAUGGUUGAUGCGUACGGGAGAGUUGGCAAUGUGGAUGUUGCUUUGAGUUUGUAUGACAGGGCGAGGAGUGAGAAAUGGCGUCUUGAUGCUGUGACUUUUUCCACCUUGAUCAGGAUUUAUGGGUCGAUGGGGAAUUUUGAUGGAUGCUUGAAUUUGUACGAGGAAAUGAAGGCCUUAGGAGUUAGGCCCAAUGCAUCUGUGUAUAACUCGCUGUUGGAUGGUAUGGGAAGAGCCAAGAGGCCGUGGCAAGCCAAAAACAUUUAUAGGGAGAUGGUUAGCAGUGGGAUUGAGCCGACAUGGGGUACUUAUGCUGCAUUAAUCAGGGCCUAUGGUAGGGCUCGAUAUGGCGAAGAUGCACUUGCUGUGUAUAGGGAGAUGAAGGAGAAGGGACUGGAGAUGAGUGUUGUUUUGUAUAAUACUCUUCUGUCCACCUGUGCUGAUGUAGGAUUUACAGAUGAGGCGUUGGAGAUCUUUCAGGAUAUGAAAAGUUCUGGGACCUGCUCUCCGGACAGUUGGACAUUUGCCUCUUUGAUUACAAUAUAUUCUUGCAGUGGAAAAGUUGAAGAGGCAGAGGCGACAGUGGCUGAAAUGUUGGAAGCUGGGUUUGAGCCUAACAUCUUUGUCUUAACCUCACUUGUGCAGUGCUAUGGGAAAGCUGGUCGUACAGAUGAUGUAGUGAGGACGUUUGAUCGCCUGUUGGAGUUGGGCAUAACUCCUGACGAGCGUUUCUGUGGUUGUCUUCUUAAUGUACUAACUCAAACAUCAAAUGAAGAACUUGGCAAGCUGACUGGUUGCAUUGAGAAGGCCAACCCAAAGCUUGGUCAUGUUGUGAAGCUCAUAGUUCAUGGAGAAAACAUUGAAAGAGAAAUCUUGAGAAGAGAAGCAGGUGAACUCUUUGAGUCUAUUGUUGCUGGUGUCCGAAAAGCAUACUGCAAUUGCUUGAUUGAUCUCUGUGUAAACCUGAAUCAGUUGGAGAGAGCUUGUGAGUUGUUGGACCUUGGCCUUGCACUUGAAAUCUACACUGAUAUAAUGUCUAGAACUCCAACGCAAUGGUCUUUGCACCUGAAGAGCCUUUCACUUGGGGCAGCCUUGACUGCACUCCAUAUAUGGAUGAAUGACUUGACCAAAGCCCUUGAAAAUGGGGAGGAAUUGCCGUCUUUGCUUGGGAUUAACACGGGGCAUGGGAAACACAAGUUCUCUGAGAAAGGCCUAGCAGGCGUUUUUGAGUCGCAUCUGAAGGAAUUAAACGCUCCAUUUCAUGAGGCACCAGAUAAAGUUGGCUGGUUUUUGACGACAAAGGUUGCAGCCACUUCAUGGCUAGAGUCUACGCGUUCCAAUGAUGUAGCUUCUGCAUAGUCAAAUCUUAAAGCCGGUUCUAGACUUCCAUUAGGUGCUUGAUCUGCUGACACAAGUCACUAUAGUGCUAUGGGCUUUUCCCAAAUUUAUCUUUCCUCUGGGCUUAUGCAGACUCUAGAAGGAAGUUUUGUUUUGUGAAGUGGCUAUAGAAUAUAUACCAAACUCUUCUUGUUUGUAAUCUAUUAAAUACCAGUGAAGUUAUAUAAAUUGUUUCUCCCACUUUUAGCUA